AUGGACUCCCAUCGGGCAUCAUUCAGCGACGUGAGAGAUGGGUCGAAUGCGCACACAUCAGACCAGUUAGACAGUCAUAACCAACCAUCGCACGACCCAGUCACAAAUUUUUCCAGCACCCCAUCCAGAUCACUCAGCAAUAAGACAACCGUCACUCCUUUACCCGCCAACCUACUUCCUUCAGCGCCCGCAUCACCCCCGACACCCGCACCCAGCCCUACCCCCCAUCAGCGACCACCAACUUGGCACUCAACCGACGAUGAAGAAACCAGCUUUUUGUUAAACCUUCGAAUUCACUUCAGCACUCUAUCCAACGCCCGAAAACAGAAACUCCUGGAGGGUCUUCUGGACGUAUGCGACAGCCAGCAGCUGAGCUUUGUGUCGAGUUACGUCGGUCCUCGAUUGAGGAAAGACCCAUUUCAGGUUUUUCCUAAUGAGCUAUGCUUAAGAGUUCUCUCCUUCAUCGACGACCCCAAGACACUCGCCCGAGCUUCACAAGUAUCACGGCGUUGGCGAGAACUACUAAAUGAUGACAUCACAUGGAAAAACCUUUGCGAGAAACAUGCCUAUUCGGUGCGGCGGGUGCUGGAAGAUGAAGGGGACCUCGUCGACCCUUUCACCGCCCAUCCCGUAGACUCGGCCUCUGGCGCACGCACCUUCGGCGGGUUGCAGCGGCGCUUGACCGCGUCAAAUGGCCACGCCACCGAGAGCGCACCGGACCUUCCCCGCACGCUUUCUGGAGAAUGGUUGCCUCCGACAAGCUUCUCCCGAAGACGUCGGACCCGGCCCGUUUCGUACCGUUCACAGUUCAAGCAAAAAUACAUGGUUGAGUCGGCGUGGACCAAAGGUGGUCGCUGCACCCAGCGCCAUAUCACCCCUGACCAGGGUGUGGUGACAAGUCUUCAUCUCACUCCGAAAUACAUUGUCGUCGCGCUAGAUAAUGCGAAGAUCCACGUCUACGAUACUAACGGUGACAACCAAAAGACGCUUCAAGGCCAUGUUAUGGGAGUAUGGGCGAUGGUCCCGUGGGAUGACAUUUUGGUCAGCGGAGGCUGCGAUCGCGAAGUUCGAGUAUGGAACAUGGCUACUGGGGCGGGGAUCCAUCUCCUUCGGGGCCACACAUCAACCGUCCGUUGUCUGAAGAUGUCGGAUCGGAAUACAGCCAUCUCAGGAUCCAGAGACACCACCCUUCGGAUAUGGGAUCUGGCUACAGGGACAUGUCGCAACGUCCUCGUCGGACAUCAAGCCAGCGUGCGGUGUCUAGCCAUUCAUGGUGAUCUGGUUGUGUCGGGCAGUUAUGAUACGACUGCGCGGAUAUGGAGCAUAUCUCAAGGACGCUGUCUUCGCACGCUUUCAGGACAUUUCAGCCAAAUAUACGCUAUUGCCUUUGAUGGCCGGCGGAUCGCGACGGGAAGUUUAGAUACUAGCGUCCGGAUCUGGGACCCGCAUUCUGGGCAAUGCCAUGCAAUUUUACAAGGUCAUACAUCUUUGGUUGGUCAGCUACAAAUGCGGGACGACACGCUAGUCACAGGUGGCUCGGACGGCUCUGUCCGCGUUUGGUCACUGACCAAGAUGGCGCCGAUUCACCGUCUUGCGGCGCACGAUAACAGUGUCACCAGUCUUCAGUUUGAUAAGACCCGCAUUGUUAGUGGUGGCAGCGAUGGCCGUGUCAAGGUUUGGAACCUACAGACAGGGCAGCUGUUGCGGGAGCUUUCUACUCCGGCCGAGGCGGUUUGGAGGGUUGCUUUUGAGGACGAAAAAGCAGUAAUUAUGGCGAGCCGGUCUAAUCGCACGGUUAUGGAGGUCUGGUCUUUCUCUCCACCGCCAGAAGAUUACGAUGAUACAGCCAUUGGGAGUGCUUUAAGCACUCCAGGCAUAAGCUCUGUUGAUGACCGCGAGCUGGCCGUUCCAACUCGGCGUCGAACUCUCUGUUCCGUUCCCCCACCACAGAUCCCAUUAGGCACUGAUAGUGAUGCACUUAUGCCAGACGCACCCUCCUCCUAA